AUGAUAGUUAAUUUUAAUGUCUAUAAUUUUAUUUUACAGGUCUGCUUGGACUUUGGAAAUGGACUUCACUUAGAGGUUUUCAGCACAAGAAGAGGAGACAAACUGCUCCCUAAGCACACACACUUGGUGCGCCAAAAGCGGGCCUGGAUCACUGCCCCUGUGGCUCUGCGGGAGGGAGAGGACCUUUCCAGAAAGAACCCAAUUGCCAAGAUACAUUCUGACCUUGCGGAAGAACAGGGAAUAAAAAUCACCUAUAAAUACACUGGGAAGGGAAUUACACAGCCACCCUUUGGUAUAUUUGUCUUUGAUAAAAACACAGGAGACCUGAACAUUACCAGCAUUCUUGACCGGGAAGAAACACCGUAUUUUCUGCUGACUGGCUAUGCACUGGACUCUAGAGGAAACAACCUGGAGAAACCCUUAGAACUACGCAUUAAAGUUCUCGACAUCAACGACAACGAGCCAGUGUUCACGCAGGAUGUCUUUGUUGGGUCUGUUGAAGAAUUGAGUGCUGCACAUACACUUGUGAUGAAAAUCGUCGCCACAGAUGCAGAUGAGCCCAAUACCCUGAAUUCUAAAAUCUCCUACAGAAUUGUCUCCCAGGAGCCUGCAAAUAGUCCCAUGUUCUACCUAAAUAAAGACACGGGGGAGAUUUAUACAACCAGUUUUACUUUGGACAGAGAGGAAUACAGCAGCUAUUCCUUGACGGUAGAAGCAAGAGAUGCUGAUGGGCAGAUAACUGAUAAACCGGUACAGCAAGCUCAAGUUCAGAUUCGGAUCUUGGAUGUCAAUGACAAUAUACCUGUGGUGGAAAAUAAAAUGUAUGAAGGGGUGGUGGAGGAAAACCAAGUCAACGUAGAAGUCAUGCGUAUCAAGGUCACCGAUGCAGAUGAAGUAGGCUCCGAUAACUGGUUAGCAAAUUUCACGUUUGCAUCAGGAAAUGAAGGAGGUUAUUUCUACAUUGAGACUGACACACAGACUAAUGAAGGGAUUGUGACCCUUGUCAAGGAAGUCGACUAUGAGAAAAUGAAGAGUCUCAACCUCAGCAUCCUUGUCACUAAUAAAGCAGCUUUCCACAAGUCUGUUAGGAACAAGUUCAAGGCUACGCCCAUCCCCAUCACUGUCAAGGUCAAGAACGUGGUUGAAGGCAUUCAUUUCAAGAGCAGUGUUGUCUCCGUCCGAGCUAGUGAGGCGAUGGAUAGAUCCAGCCUCAGCCGGUCAAUUGGAAAAUUUCAAGUUUUUGAUGAAGACACUGGACAAGCAGCUAAAGUAAAAUAUGCAAAAGUGGAAGAUAUAGACAACUGGGUCUCUGUGGAUUCUGCCACUUCGGAAAUUAAGCUUGUAAAGAUUCCAGAUUUUGAAUCUAGAUAUGUCCAAAAUGGCACCUACACUGUAAAGGUUGUGGCUAUAUCCAGUGAUCAUCCUCAGAAAACCAUCACUGGCACGGUCAUUAUCACUGUUGAAGACGUCAAUGACAAUUGUCCCACACUGGUGGAGCCAGUACAGAGGAUCUGUGAUGAUGCACCAUAUGUGAAUGUCACUGCAGAGGAUCUAGAUGGACCCCAGAACAGUGGGCCAUUCCGUUUCUCCAUCAUUGACAAGCCCCCUGGAACAGCAGAGGAGUGGAAAAUAAUACAUCAGGAAAGGACCAGUGUGCUGCUGCAGCAGAGCGAGCGGAAGGCCAGGAGAAGUGAGAUCCCCUUCCUCAUUUCCGACAGCCAAGGCUUCAGCUGCCCCGAGAGGCAGGUCCUUCAGCUCACGGUGUGCGAGUGCCUGAGGGGCGGUGGCUGUGCAGAAGCCCAGUAUGACAACUACGUUGGCCUGGCCCCCGCGGCAAUCGCUCUCAUGAUUCUGGCGCUCCUGCUCUUGCUGCUUGUGCCGCUCUUGCUGCUGAUAUGCCACUGUGGAGAGGGCGCCAAAGGCUUCACCCCCAUUCCUGGGACCAUAGAGAUGCUGCACCCUUGGAAUAAUGAAGGGGCACCACCUGAGGACAAGGUGGUGCCGUCCCUUCUGGUGGCGGAUCAUGCCGAGAAUUCAGCAGUGAGAAACGGAGUGGGAGGUGCAGGAGGCUCGAUGCUCAAGGAGAGCUUGGUGAAAGGCAGCAGCUCGGCGUCCUUUACCAAAGGACAGCAUGAGCUGUCCGAAGUGGACGCAAGAUGGGAAGAACACAGAAGCCUCCUUACGGCCGGAGCCACCCACCUAGUAGGGACGGCAGGAGCCAUCGCAGCCAAUGAAACACUGAGGAUGACAAGAGCCACAGGGGCUUCCAGAGACAUGAGUGGGGCUCGGGGAGCUGCUGUGGCAAUGAAUGAGGAGUUCUUGAGGAGUUACUACACAGAGAAAGCGGCCUCCUAUGCUGAGGAAGACGACCUUCACAUGGCCAAAGACUGCCUUCUCGUUUACUCCCAGGAAGAGACAGACUCCCUCCGAGGCUCCAUUGGCUGCUGCAGCUUUAUCGAGGGAGAGCUUGAUGACCUGUUCUUAGAUGACCUGGGGCUUAAAUUCAAGACACUAGCCGAAGUUUGCCUGGGUCGAAAGAUCAGUUUGGAUGUGGAGGGUGAACAGAGGCAAAAGCCCGUCCGAGAAGCAAGUGUGAACCCAGCUGCGGGCUCACUCUAUGAGCAAACGAUGGUCAACUCAGAGAGCACGUACUCCUCUGGCCGUGGCUUCCAAGUCCCCAAACCUCUGCAUGAAGCACACGCAGAGAAAGUCACCCAGGAAAUUGUCACUGAAAGCUCUGUGUCUUCCAGGCAGAGCCAAAAGGUAGUGCCACCACCUCCUGACCCCGUGGCUUCUGGUAAUAUCAUAGUGACAGAAACUUCCUAUGCCACAGGCUCCACAGUGCCGCCCAGCACUGUGAUCCUGGGUCCUAGACAGCCACAGAGCCUUAUUGUGACAGAGAGGGUGUACGCUCCAGCAUCCACCUUGGUGGAUCAGCAUUAUGCCAAUGAAGAAAAUGUCCUUGUUACUGAACGAGUGAUCCAGCCUAACGGGGGUGUCCCUAAGCCACUCGAGGUCACCCAGCAUCUGAAAGAUUCGCAGUAUGUUAUGGUGAGGGAAAGGGAGAGCAUCCUUGCUCCCAGCUCAGGUGUGCAGCCCACUCUGGUAAUGCCCAGUGUGGCAGCAGGACAGAAUGUCACAGUGACAGAGAGAGUUCUGACUCCUGCUUCCUCUCUGCAGUCCAGUUACCCAAUCCCCAGCGAAACCUCUCUCAAGGCUAGGAAGACUGUGCUUUCUAGUGUAGGAGGCCUGGGCCCUGGGCCCAGUUUAGAUUUAGAGGAAUCUGGCCAUCCCAAUUCUACUGUAACCACAUCUUCCACCAGGGUCACCAAGCACAGCACCGUGCAACAUUCUUACUCCUAAACGGAAGCCGGCUGCCAGCUGACCCGGAGCUUAACUGGCUUCGCUCCAUGGAUGUGUGUUUCCAUGCCCCUAACCCAUACAAAGACUUAGGCAGUGAAAGAAGUCACUGCUGUACCGAGGGCCGCAGUGUCUCUGGUAGGGCUGUAUUUCAGAAAUGCUCUGAGAUAUUCAGGGGAUGGAUUGAAGAUGCUGUUUCCUAAGUGCCUUUCGCACACUGUGCAAGCAAUACUCACAGGCUAGACAAGUAAAAUCGGCUUCUAGGAACUUGCCAAAUUAAAGCAUGGUUUCUAGUUCAUCUGGUCCAGAAGGAUGGGUCUCUGCACAAUGCAUCGACACCCAGUAGGGACAGUUCCAGUCUUUAUAUUACAGAACCUCACAGGUUAUAGGUACCAAAUAGCUCAUCUAACCCAGAGGAGCAUCUCCUCUCUGGGCCUCCACUUGUGUUGCUGGUUCUCUUUAACACUGGAACCCUGAGUAUCACAGGAGGCCAGAAGAAAGAAAAAGAAAAAACCUUGGACCCCUUUUAAUUGGGUAAAUUGUUGGAAUUUUAGAACACUGACAUGAUAAGAAUAUAUGUUGUGUAUUUCUCUGCACAUGACAUGUAUCCACACAUGUCCUGUGUGCUUAAAAAAAAAUGACUGCAUAUUUCUCCUUGUUUCUCAGAGGUCAUGAAGAUAUUAAGGAUUUUAAAUUCAGUUAAAUAAUCCAGGGUAGCCAAGUGU